AUGGCGCACGGGGGUCUCCAGGUGCUGGGCCUGGCCCUGGCCCUGGCAGGGUGGGCAGCUCUGCUGGCAGCGACGGCUCUGCCGCAGUGGGAGAUCUCGACCCACGCGGGCGACAACAUCAUCACGGCCAUGUCCACCUGGAGAGGCCUCUGGAUGACCUGCGUGAGCCAGAGCACCGGGCAGCUCUCCUGCAAGAGCUACGACUCCAUCCUGGCACUGCCAG